UCUCAAUAUCUCAAAAAUUCCUUAACUUUUGAAUUGAGCGGUUGCUGCGCGCGUGAUAAACAAAUUGAAAGCAACAACAAGAUUAGCUAAGAUUUAACAACAUUUGAAUCGAAUGGACAUAUUAUUGGCGUAGCUUGCGAAAUAGAAAGUGAACGUUUGCAAUGCAAGUGAACUGCACUGACUUCAAUGCUAUAUCGUUUCAAGUUUUCUUGGACAGCGGUAUUUAAUUCGUGUGGCAGUCAAAAAUGUAAACAAACGCGUUAAAUAAUUAACAAAAACACUGACCAAAUAUCGAAAAAGCGAAUUGCUCCGGCUUUGUUGUUAUUUUGCUGCUGCUUUCGUGCCGGUGUCUCUCGCUCUCUUUCUAACUGUUCCUGUGCUUUCGCGUGUGUGUGUGUGUGUGUGUUUUGCCUGUCAUCCUGCCUGUGUGUUGUUUGUGUUUUUGUUAUUGCGAUUGUGACGGUGUGCCGGAGCAGACAACAAAAGGAAUUGCGCUUUCCGCAGCCGUCUCCACAACUCCCGCUCUCCUCUACGCCUCCUGCCUAGUUACCGUUACUUGCUGCACUGCCAAAAAAAAAACAACAAAAAAAACGAAUUUUUGAUAGAAAUAAUUUAUACAUUUUUCGAAGAAGGAUUUCAAUUCCAAUCGACAACAAAGAUGGCCUUGAUAAAACUGGCAAGGCAACUGGGCCUGAUUGAUACCAUCUACGUGGAAGGAGCUCGCCCAGAUCCAGCCAAUGAUCCCGAGGAGUCGCUCAACGAGGCAGACAUCACAGCCCCCGCCAACGCAGUGCCCAUCAAGACAAAGAAGUCGCGCAAAUCGAAGCAGGUGGCAAUGCAGCCCUAUACCUAUGCCAUUUCCGUGGACUUCGAGGCCACCUGCUGGGAGAAGCAAGCCCCGCCACAAUGGAGAGAAUCUGAGAUAAUUGAGUUCCCAGCCGUUUUGGUCAAUCUGAAAACGGGCAAGAUCGAGGCGGAGUUUCACACGUACGUGAUACCCUUGGAGUCGCCGCGCUUGAGCAAUUAUUGCAUCGAGCUUACGGGCAUACAGCAGAAGACAGUGGAGGCGGGUGUGCCGCUGCAGACGGCACUUAAUUUGUUCUGCGAAUGGCUGCGGAACGAGUUGCGUGUGCGCAACCUGGUGCUGCCGAAGGUGAGCAAAUCCAAUAUACUGGGAAACUGUGCCUUCGUCACCUGGACGGACUGGGACUUUGGCAUCUGUCUGGCCAAGGAGUGCACACGCAAGCGAAUACGCAAGCCAGCCUGCUUUAAUCAGUGGAUAGACGCGAAGGCCAUCUACAGGGAAUGGUACAAGUAUCGUCCCUGCAACUUUGCCGAUGCUCUGUCCCAUGUGGACCUGACCUUCGAGGGACGUGCUCACUCCGGCAUCGAUGAUGCCAAGAAUCUGGGCGCCCUCAUAUGCAAGAUGGUUCGUGACGGAGCCCUCUUCUCGAUCACCAAAGAUCUGACGCCAUAUCAGCAGCUAAACCACAACAGUGGCCUCUGAGCUGCAACGGUCAGGUCAGGGUUCAGCCAUCGGCCAUCCCUCCAAACGAUCAGCAGCAGGAGAACCAGAAUGCAAACAAAUCCAUUAAUUUAUUGGAUUAUAUUUAACAUAAAGUACUACAACAACCCCAAGGACAUGGAGGAUGACCAGGAGAUGUGCCUAAUCUGACCACAAACGUAAACUAAAACUAAAGUUUUUUGUUUUGUAUUUUACCUAAUUUCUUGUAACAGCAAUUGAUAAGACUUGAAAUUUGAUGUGCAUCGCAGUCGAUAUCCUGCAUCUGCAUCUGCUUAGGGAUCUGAACACCUACUGGAUAGCAGGAGUACAUCUAAACAUCUACACAUAGCUAUAAAUAUGGCCUUAGAGCAUACAUAUUUUUCUACCAUUCAUACUUACUUGGUAAUGCUUAGCCGUAGUCUGUAAUAUGGAAUGCAAUACUUAUUUUAAUGACUUACACCGCCUACCACUAGGUCAUAGGGCAUAAAAUAAUAAUAAAACGACAAUAGCUGCAUA